AUGGAUGACUCUGGUAUUCUCAAUUUAGUGAAUGUUGAAUUUGUGGCCGAGAAGACUGUUACUGAAGAAGACGAAGAUAAAGACAGUACUCUGUCUAAAAUAGGUAGCACUAUAAGCAAGUUGUUUAGUUCCGAUUCGGAAACACCUGAGAAAGCCGAAGAGAAAGGCGAUGGAAAACCAAAGGAACCAGAAAAGUACGAAACUAAAGCUAAUGAAGCAACAACAGACAAACAAAAUACCUACUACUGA